CACACGUCCUGCUGCCUGGAACCUUCCUGCGGGAGUGUGUGCAGCCCGGAGCCUUUAGGAGGGACACCAGCGUGUCAACAGGAGCAGCAGCGCGGAGCUCGUCGGAGCGGAGGGAGAUGAGCACCAAGCAGGUGACCUGCAGGUACUUCCUGCAUGGCGUGUGCAGGGAGGGCAGCCGCUGUCUGUUCUCUCACGACCCGGCCAACAGCAAACCCUCCACCAUCUGCAAGUACUACCAGCGGGGAGUGUGCGCCUACGGCGAGCGCUGCAGGUACGACCACAUCAAACCCCCCGGCAGAGGAGGAGGAGGAGCAGGGGGAGGAGUCAGCAGAGGGGGUGGAGUCGGUAGAGGGGGUGGGGUCAGUGGAGGGGGGGGAGUCGGUGGAGGGGGCGGGGCCAGCGGUGCAGAGGAGGCUGCAGUCAGACCUGCAGUGAAGAAGAACCUGGUGCUGAGAGACAGAGCUCUGGCAGCAGACAGUGUGUUUUCUGUUCCAGAAGGUUCUCUCUCAGAUGUUCUCCAGCAGGAGAGCAGAGCUCCUCAGUCGUACGUGGACGCCAUCAGAACCGGUUUGCAGGCGUCUGCCGUCGCGACGUCUGCCCACCACGCAGUGGGCGGGGCUUACCAGGACCUUGUGCAGCUCUGUCCCUAUGCUGCUGCUGGUCACUGUCACUAUGGCAACAGCUGUCCAUAUCUCCAUGGCGACCUGUGUGACAUCUGCAGACUGCAGGUUCUCCACCCACACGACCCCGAGCAGAGGAGAGCACACGAGAAGAUGUGUCUGUUGGCGUUUGAGUCGGACAUGGAGCGGGCGUUUGCAGCUCAGCUCAGUCAGGACAAGGUGUGCUCUAUCUGCAUGGAGGUGGUGGUGCAGAAGUCGAACCCGGCAGACAGGAGGUUUGGCAUCCUGUCGUCCUGCUGUCACACCUACUGCCUGAACUGCAUCCGACAGUGGCGCUGCGCCAAGACCUUCAGCAACAAGAUCAUCAAGUCGUGUCCGGAGUGCCGGGUGGUGUCGGAGUUUGUCAUCCCGUCAGUUUACUGGGUCGAGGAUCAAGACGACAAGAACCGACUCAUAGAGCUGUUCAAGUCUGGAGUCAGUAAGAAGGCCUGUAAGUACUUUGAUCAGGGCCGUGGUUCCUGUCCGUUUGGAGGAAAGUGUUUGUAUCUGCACGCGUUCCCUGACGGAACCCGAGCCGAGCCGGACCGCCCCCGCAAACAGCUGAGCUCCGAGGGCAACGUCCGGUUCCUGAACAGCGUACGUCUGUGGGAUUUCAUCGAGGAGCGGGAGCAGCGCUCCAUCCCUCCGCCGCCGCCGUCUCAUGAUGAUGACGUCACAGAGCUGCAGGAGCUCUUCAUGCAGAUGUCGGGGCCGGGCCGGGACGAGGCAGAGACUCCGCCCCCUGGAACUGCUCCUCUUCAGUAGCCCCCACCCCCCACCCCCUCGUCUGUCUGUCCUCUGGUGUCCAUGGCAACCAGCAGCCAAUAGAAACCACCGCCAUGUUUUUGCUGCCGAAACAUUAGAAUCUGAAAUCCAUGUGAUGAACUGCCAGCACAGAACUGCAUCAUGGGAAUAAAAUGGUAAACAUGUUGUUGUUGGGUCCCAGAGACACAGUGAUGUCAUCAGAGGCUGAUUGGCUCAGGCUGUGGUGACAUCAUCAUCAUUAGCAUAUUUAGAAUGAGGUUCCAUGUACAGUGUAUGAACUGCAGGGGCGUGGCUUCAGUGUGACACGUGUGAAGAUCAAUAAAAGUUUCCAGCUCCUA